AUGGCUAUGAAGCGUGACGGUCUCGAGCGACGGCAGCAGACGACCGUCUCACCAGGCACGGGCACGCCAUACCCCGCGCCUGGCGCCACGUCGCCCACUGCCGACACGCUGCCAAAGGCAUGGGUGGACAAGUACAACCAGGUCAAGGCUGCUGGCUUGAUUCCCAACAUUCCCGUCGCCACGCCCAAUGCUGCCGGUCUCGUCGACUAUCCCGCUGGCACGCCCCGUGGCCAGACUGGCACCUGCGAGUGGGGCACGGAAAAGUGCCUCAACAACGACAUUGCCGCUGCGCCCGAUGGCAUGGUCGCCCUCGGCGUUGACGAUGGCCCCACGCCCAACGGCACGAUCCCCUACCUCCAGAUCCUCAACGACGAAAAGAUCUCGGUCACGCACUUUCUCAUCGGUUCGGCCAUCUACUGGAACAUGGACGUCAUGAAGCAGCUCGUCAACUCGCAGCAGAAGCAGCACCUCGGCGUUCACACCUGGUCCCACACGCUCCAGGCCACAAAGACGGACAUGGAGGUGCUUGGCGACCUGGGCUGGACGAUGCAGAUCAUCUACGACGUCAGCGGCUACAUUCCCAUGUACCUCCGCCCGCCUGAGGGCGUCAUUGACAACCGUGUGCGCGCCAUUGCCAGAAACGUCUUUGGGCUCCAGAACGUCAUGUGGGACCGCGACGCCGACGACUGGUGCCUCCGCCAGGACACUGGCACGGCAAACGUGUCGGGCUGCCCUCAGAGCGCGCCCAACCUCGACUUUGUGCGCAACGCAGAGGUCGGCUGGGCCACCAAGACGAGCAACAACUCGGGCUGGGUCUCGCUCAACCAUGAGACGACCAACCAAGGUGCACAGGCGUUCCAGGCCAUGGUGCAGGCCAUCAAGAAGAACGGCUGGAACUUUGUCGGCUACGUCUCGGCGCUCCAAGGCCUGCCGGCGUACAACAACGCCUAUAACCUCACUGACUCCCCCACCAAGCAGGACAACAUCCUCCCCACCCACACAUUCAUCAACGUCACCGACCCCACGGCCGCGCCUGGCUCGGCAAAUGCGCCCAAGCUUGGUGACUGGAGCAAGACUGCGUCGAAGAGCGGCGCCAGUGUGGGCGCUCAGACGACUGGGUCGAACGCCUCUGGCAGCAGCAGUAGUACCAGUAGCGGCAGCAGCAGCAGUGGCAGUAACAGCAGCGAUGCCAUGGCCGUCGUCGCGUCUACGGGCCUCGCAGCUCUGUGCGCCACCAUUGCCGGUCUCGCCUUCUUUGCCGCUUGA